UAAACAAAUUUCGGAAGUGUUAUGCCCCAAUUUUUUCUCUUUCGAAAUUUCAAUUUCCCUUCUUCAUAAUAUUCCCAAACCAAAUUCCGAUUUAAAAGUCACCACCCUUCACGGCCAUCCCCGCCCCAGCACUGGCCACCGUCGUCUGACUGAGAAAUGAGAAUUCUACAACUCAGGUGGAAGAAUCCGGCGAAGAUAUCAUCAAAAACUCCACUUUCAUUCGGCCCUUUCAAUUCCACAACCCAAACCCGGUGGAAGAAACCAGCAAACACAGCCCAAACCCGACUGGAAAACCGGACCCGAGACCCGAAUCUCGAUAAACUCACAGCUCAAUACCGGAGACUUAAACUCAUCCUCAACCUCUACGACGUCGUAUCUGCUAAAAAACGCGGUCGUUAUGUCUCAGUUCAGUCACUUUCCAAGUGGGCCCCACAUGCCGGCAUUAACACCAUCACCGCCGGUGAUCUUCUCCGGAAAUACCCCCAUAUUUUUGAGGUGUUUACACAUCAUAUUAAGCGUAAUUUAUGCUGCAGGUUUAGGGAGAAAUUUGUCAUUUUGCUUAAGCAAGAAGAAGAUUUCAUAUCACAAAAUGAACAUGAAAAUGUGAUGAGAAUAAAGAAGAUUUUAAUGAUGUCUGUUAAUGGUACUAUACAUUUGCAUGCACUUAGACUAAUGAGGACUGAAUUGGGUUUGCCUGAAAACUUCAGGGACUCAGUUGUAAUAAAGUAUGAUGAAGUUUUUAGGAUGGUGGAUUUGGAAAUUGUUGAAUUAAUUAAUAGAAAUGGAGCAGAUGAGAGUUUUGGGGUGGCAAAGGUUGAAUCUUGGAGGCAAAAGGAGUAUACUGAGAAAUGGUUGAGUGAAUUUGAGGUCAAAUAUGCAUUUCCUAUUCAUUUCCCAACCGGGUUUAAGAUAGAACCAGGUUAUAGAGAAAAAUUGAAAAAUUGGCAAAGGCUUCCUUAUGUUAAGCCUUACGAAAGAGAACUCACGUAUCACUUGAAUGGACUAAAAUCUGAACCCUUGGGACAAUCUUUAGGAUGUGAUGAGUUGAUAUCGAGGUCAAAGGGAGUUGGAAAGCAUAGUUUUGGAGGGGUUGAGCGGUAUGAGAAGCGAGUUGUGGCGAUUAUUCAUGAAAUUUUGAGCUUGACUGUUGAGAAGUUGGUGCCCCUCGAAAGGUUGGCACAUUAUAAGAAGGACCUCGGCAUUGAAGUUAAUAUUCGUGAGUUGUUGUUGAAGCAUCCUGGGAUAUUUUACAUAUCCACUAAAGGGAAUACUGAAAUUGUUUUCCUUAGAGAAGCAUAUAAUAAAGGGUGUUUGAUUGAGUUGAACCCAAUUUAUGAUUUGAGAAGAAAGGUAUUGGAGCUUCUCUUGUUGGGGAACCGUCAUACGGGAGAGUUGAGAACGGAAAGGGAACUGACGGAUGAUAUUAGAGACGUGACAGAUGAUGAAAAUGGAUGGGAAAGCAGAGAGGGUGACUUUGUUAUUCCAAUUCUCGAGAGUUUUUCUGAUCAUGACAGCGAUGACAAUUUGAACUAGAAUGGUUACUUAUCUGAGGCAGAGCUGAUUGGGCUUUCUGAGAUGGAAAUCAGUAAUAAUGAUCUCGGUUGCAGUUAUUGCCCCAAACAUCCCCGCUUUGUAUGAAGCUCAUUUUGGAAUUCCAAUGGCUGGCGCUGUUUUAAAUGCUGUUAAUGUCCAACUAAAUGCGCAAACAAUUAC